UAUACAUGAUUCCGAUAUUAUGUCUUUCCGCUGGUAGCAAUUUCACUCUACCAUCCAAAACUAGAUCGACCAUGGUAAAACCUGCCGCUAUUUUUGUAUCCUUUUUUGCCCUAUGGUUUUUGUCGCUGCAAGUUGCAUCCAGCAGGCUUGUCUGUCCAACCAAUUAUUGGAGGGUCUUGCGGUCUAUUUACGGGAACACGUGGUUGACUACCAGUCCAAACCUCUCUCUGCAAUGGUACUUUCGGAUGCAGACUUUUUCAAGGUUCCAGGAGUAUUUUGGCGCCGUUUUUGCUGGGCUUCCGCUCAUUCUAAUUGGUCCUUUCUACCUACGAUUUAAAAAUUAUCCCGCAGUCCAGGUGAGCUUUCGUACGCAAGGAACUUGAACAAUAGGUACUGAUUUGGAAUGCUUUCUCCAUGCCUAAUUUAUUUUACGUUCAUUCUGUUACAAUUACUAGCUUGCGGUGUGGACUAUUGUAUGGACUAUCUAUCGUCCGGUACAAGUACUCUGCGAUGCAAAUGUUGCAUUCUGCUUUUUACUGUUCUCGCCUAGAUCGUUGGCGCGAAUGGGAUAUGCCUCCACUAUUUCUCUUUUUUGUUUACCGGUGCCUCUGAUUCUUAAUAUUGUCGAUCACUGGAUGUGGCUCGAUGCUAAUAACGGCAAUGCGAAUUA